GGUUAGUACGAUGCGAAGCGGGUAGACGUAGGGCAGGUCGGAGCUGUGGCCUCCGUUGCAUAAUGCGCACAGCGCUUCGGCGCCCAGCACGCCGGCAGGUCCCGAGCCGCCCCGGCGCCCGCCGGGCUGGCCACGAGCGCGCCGGCUCCGGCCCAGAGUCCCGCUGCCAGAGCUCCGCAUACUCCUCGAGUGCCUCAAGUCGCUCGACACCGCUCCGCUGAACGCUCUUCUUCACUAAACCAAUACACUUUUCGCGACGCAAAGAAUACACGGAAAUAAGAAGUUUGGGUGCACUUAAUAAGGAAUGACAUUGUACAUGCUGUCAGCGAUUCAAGACAAAUAUGAACAUGAACUGAUUUGAAAAAACAAUAAUCGGUCAAAAUGAGACUGUCAACGAGUGAAGAGGUAGCCAGCACGACGGUGGUGGGCCGCACGGGCAGCCCCGCGGCCGCCACCGCCGCCGCCGUGUCCAGCGCCAGCGCCUACGAUGUCACGCGCAUGCGCGAAGAGGAGUUCGAGAGGCUCACGGUGUACAUAGUGAUAGACGUGCCUUGCGAGCGGGGCACGCCCAACAGAGCCGAGAAGACUCUACCACGCAGCCUGGCUCUGAGGCCGUCAGCAGUUCUGUCCACUCCUAACACACCGACUGAAGGUGUGUGGAGCAUAGGCGUAAUACCCCGCGGCACGCGCUUUGGACCCUUUGAAGGCACCCGAACGCCAAACAAGCCCAACGACAAAAUCUCUUGGAGAUAUUAUUGGAGGGUACAAGAAACUGUCAGACACCAUACUUACGGAAAUAUAAAGAUAUUCAAGGAUAGUGACUACUAUUACCUUGAUGGGUCGGACACGAGCGUGGCGAACUGGAUGCGAUACGUGGCGUCGGCUUACUCCUUGUCCGUGAUGAACCUCGUCGCUUGCCAGCAUCAAGAACACAUAUACUUCUACACCAUAAGGGACAUCAUGCCAAACGAAGAACUGAUGGUGUGGUAUUGCAAAGAUUUUGCAACGAGGCUAGGCUACGAUAUCGAUCCUGAGCGAGCCACGUACUCUAUCUGCAAAGAGGAAACAAUCAAAAAGGCAUAUGGCAUACCGCCAGCUCCAGUUCAUCCCGAGAUUGCUUUCAACCACAUGAAGUAUGUUCUUGGACUUACAAAUGCCAAAGAACUUUUAGAGACUGAAAUCCCGAGCAGACGUAGGAAGCGAGAACUGAGUGAUAAAUCGUUCCACGACAGUCCGCCCCUGCUGUGCCGGGAGGAUCCCAGAAAUGCCGCCAAAAAUGACAGGACACUUGUCAGAACCGACAUUUCCCCGACCAUCAUUCAUUCAAAAGCUGAAAGCCCUGUUGUAAGUGAACACACACCUUUGUCACCUAGCGGCUUAAUGCAACCACCGUCACCCGUGAAAGUGCACCACAGAGACAAUCCAACUUUAAUAAUUCACCAACACAAAGAGAGCACAUCACACGUGGUAAUUCAUCAAAUGGAGAGCCCAAGAGUUCAUGCUAAUAGAUCACCUGCUCAAAAUCUUCACUUAAGGGACAUGCGAGGACCUUCACCCAUGGCUCAGCAUCUUCAAGAAAAAAUUGGAAAUCGAUCACCCAGCCUCUCUCAUUGCGGACCCCACUAUGACCAUCACCUAGCCCCUGCCGAUGGCUCUGUCAGGUCCGAUGAAGGCUACCAUAGCAAUGGUUAUCAUGACGAAUUUACACCUCCAGAAGAUUCAAGCGACUCUGAUGUUGAAAACUAUGUUCUAGACUGCUCUAAUAAAACAAAUGAACCCAAAGAAACAGUUAUUGUGCAGAAAAUGGAUCAAGAUAUGCAUCGCAAUGAAUACAGGAAAGUAAAGAUUAAGAUGCCAAGAGCGUAUCAAUACCAAAAUCACAAAGACAUGGAUUGCGAAAGUGAAAAAGAGCUGGUAAUAGCGGAAGAAGUUGGGGACGUUUCACCUCAAAACCUAUCGCCACCACGUCGCGACCCGGCGACUUCGACUGUCAUCGUUCUAGAGUCAUCUCAGAAUACCGUUGUUCCAUUAAAUAAACCAUAUUAUGAAGACGGAUCAACGUCACCUUCCCCACAACCAGCUUUUAUGAGGUGCUCCCCUUCUGACACUCGAAUCCUAGAAACUAUUUUAACUACAGGCAACCGGAUUGAUACAAACAAUAACGAUCCAAACCGUCGACAGCCCAACGCGACGCCCCCGCCAUCUUCGCCCACGGAAAUGGCUUACUCAUACAAGAAGAGUCAAAGGUAUGGAAAUGCCUGCAGUCCGGACUCUAGUUCUAAUUUAACACCGCUGCCAUCUUUAUUGCCACUGCCACAACAACUGCCGACGCCAAAUGCAAUGUCCGUUUAUUCAUCGUCACCACCGCAUACUAUUCCUCAUACUACCGAGAUUCGAGAAAUCAGAGAAAUAAGAGAAAUAAGAGAAACGCGAUAUGAAAGUCACUAUCCCAACUACUCGUACAAUAUUUAUUCUCCACCGAAUUCUACAAUUAUUACUCAACUUGGGUCCCCUCCUAGCACAUAUUCACCGACUGUUACUUCGACGCAUCAAUAUGAAAGAUCUCAAAACGGGCACAGCAAUCAUCACUAUCCAUCCACUACGAGUGUGAUCACUCUCAAAAACUGUUCACAAUUAAGUUUGAUUCAAAAUUCAAACGGGAGCCCGCAACUUGUCCCUCCGCAUGGAAGCAUGAGCCCCGACGACUCCUGCAGCCUAAUGAUGGGCCCUCUGAGCCCAAACUCGCAAACAUCGCGCGGCUACAGAAGUUUACCUUAUCCUUUGAAAAAGAAGGACGGAAAAAUGCACUACGAAUGCAAUGUUUGUUGUAAAACAUUCGGUCAGCUUUCAAACCUAAAGGUCCACCUGCGGACACAUUCAGGAGAGCGACCAUUCAAAUGCAAUGUGUGCAGUAAGUCAUUUACGCAGCUCGCCCAUCUACAGAAGCACUACCUCGUGCACACGGGAGAAAAGCCUCAUCAGUGUGAUAUUUGCCAAAAACGAUUCUCCUCUACAUCAAACUUGAAGACUCAUCUACGCUUGCACUCAGGCCAGAAGCCGUAUGCCUGUGAUCUGUGCAUGCAGAAAUUCACACAAUUCGUCCACUUAAAACUUCACAAGCGGUUGCACACAAACGACAGGCCGUACGUCUGCCAAGGAUGCGAUAAGAAGUACAUUAGCGCUUCGGGCCUUCGAACUCACUGGAAAACUACUAGCUGUAAGCCGAACAAUAUCGAAGAAGUCCUAUCGAUCACGAAUGCUGCUAAUACUGAAUGUCCCAUCGACAAAGACUGCCACGAAAGGGAGGGGCUCGAGGCUUACGAGCUGCACUCGGCCGGGCAGGGAGGGCUGGUCGGAGGGGCGCGCGCGAGCGAGCUGCUGGGCGCGCACGCGCACACGACGACGCCGCACCUGGCGCCGCACGCGCCGCAGUACCGGCCCGAGCACGAGCACUACACCACCGGCGAGCCCCGGCCCAGCGUCAUCGAGUCCAGCCAGCCACUCAUCAUCGAGUGCACCUGAGGCGCGCCGCCGCCGCCGGGCGCCCGACCCCGCCGCUACAUGUGAUCACUCAAGUAUUUGUGUAAACUAAGGAACGAUAGCGUGACGAGCGCGUCCUCUCGUCUUCUCCAGUGGCUAUGAGAUUACGUUUCGAACUUUAAGGUGUAAAUAUAUUUUUGUUAAUAGACGUAAGCGUAGGAUCGACGAGAGAAGUUGAUGAGUACUAAGUACUUAGAUAAAGAUUGUCCCGAUUGGGAACGUGUAUUAUAUUAUGCUAAGCAUUUGAAUAUUAUUAGAUCUAAGGUAUGCAGCAGCCUUUGAUUAUAGACAGUAAUGCUCAAUUUUAUACAUAAUGGUAGAAUUCUAUUGUAAAUAGAAAUUUUCGUGACAUCGACUUUAUUUUAUUUAACUAAAUUUCUAUGCAAUAUGCACAUAUUUUAGCAUUAUUUGGUGUCGUUGUAAAAGUGGUAUUAAUAUUUGCGCUUUUUAUUUUCAAUAUUUUUUUAUUUCAAACUCAGCUCUAUAUUUUAUUCGUAAAGUAAGUUUAUGAAUACACGCUGCAGUUGUUGCAAAGUUAAUAUUUGUUUUCAACUUUCCAGUGUUUUAACAAAUUAAUGGUCACCAAAGAACGUCUCAUAUUAAAGUCACAAAGCUUAUAUUGAUGCCACUUAGUUUCUGUAAAAUCCACGACGUUUAUUACAGAAGCACUGGUCGUUAAGGUUGUUACAAAGCCAGUUUAUUGAAUCGCAUCAAGUCUCGGAAUCAUCAAGUAAUUAGGGCUAGGUGCCAAAAGCGCUCAUAAUGUUUAAGUUAUCCUAAAGAGAUGUUCGUAUAGUAUUUUAAAUCGUUGUUCCUAAUGAAUAUUUGGAGAGUAAGCGCUUGCGCGCGCCAACUUAAUUCUAAUGUUAUUAAGACUAGAAUCGACGAAUGUGUACAUUAUCCCUACGCUAGAACAAAUGGUGCUUCACAUCGUAGAGUGACGCCGGGCGGCGGCGGACGCCGCGCGCCGAGGCCUUACUACAGUAUCUAUCGUAACGUUAAUUCACCAAGUCUACUAGUUACUAUUUUGUAUUAAAUUCCAAUUUCGAUUCUCCUGUUCCAAAAGGCUGAAACAAAGUAAUAUAAUAUAACGUUUGGCGAAUGUCGUUACUAAAUGUUGGUUAAGUGUCGCACGUUAGUGGACGUGGAUCGAUAGAUAAGAUGUAAGCUUAUUACGUGAUGUAAUACCAAACGAUAGCUUUUUGUAUAUUUCUAUGAUUCAUACUAUGUAUUAAGAUUUUUACACGCAAUCAAUUUGAAUUAUGUCUGUACAUUUUAUACUUACUUACAUAUAGUAGGUACCUACCUAAAGUUUUAUAACAAUAAUAUGCCGAAUACUCACCCUAAUUAUAGAGGGGCCGGCAGCACUAUAUAUAUCGACGUUACCUAUUCGUGCCCUUAUUUACCUACUAUGAUAUCGUUAAUAUUUUUUCAUCGUCGUUAAUAUUCAUUACAAAUUUUAAUAUUUUAUGUAUGUAUAAUUGAUAUAUGGUAUGUUUACCUAUUAAACUAUACCUAGUACAGGGUGCUGUACACAGGAACUAAAAUACUGAGUGAAAUCGAGUAGGUUUUUUGUCUACUUUAUAGAUGAAGUCGCGUCUUCUUGACAAACGAUAAAUGAUGAUUAUUGAUAUAGGUGCAUAAGUAGGCAUGUAGUUACAUUUUUAUACCAUCAGAAAAGAUCCUAAGUAAAAUAUAUGCUUCCGAUUUCUUCCCAGCGUUCAAACUGAUUUUAUGAGAUUGCACUUCUUAAGCACUUAAACGUAUAUAAUAUCAAAUAAACAUAAGAAAUAUUGGAACACCUACUUGAAGUCUUCUCGCCAUUCCUUAUAUUAUACCGUAAAAAUGUUUUGUUUGAAAUUACAUCCAGUAUACAUCGUUUAAUAUUUGUUUUGAAUAAAACUGUUUUGCCACUACUAAGUUUAGUAAUGAAGUUGUCUUAGAUUUUAAUUUGCAGAACUGAAAAACGUAUGAUUGUUUAAUAUUGUUUAGUUGCUCGUUGUAAAUACUUCCCCAAAAAGGGUAAGCUAAUCUUCAAAUGUUCGAAAUAAGAUAUCAAUCAUUAUGCCGUCAUAAAACUGUAUCAGUCUUGUAUAAACGAUAAUAACACUUAUAAAUAAAAUAGAUCUUCAUAAAUAAUAUUUUUAAGUACUUAAGGUACUGUAAAUUUAACAUUAUAUAUCGAGCAUGUAUCAACACACCGAAGUUAUUAGAUAAAAUCACUUUGAAUGUAUCAGUUACGUCAUUAACUUGUAAAAAUCAAUUAAUAAAGAAACCGGGUUAGAUCAAUAGUUCAGUACACUGCAAAUGAGAGUUGCAGA